CGCCGCCAUCGGAUCUAAACCUCUCGUCUCAUUGCAAUGGCAUCGAAAGCUUCCUUGCUCAGGCGGGUAGCCCAUGCCGCUGGCUCCGCAGCGGCGGCCACAGCACGCUCAUGCUUCGCCCGCUUGUCUGACAGAAUCAAUCGGGCAGCCCUCUCACCGACGGCGGGGGCGGCCGCGUCUCCCGCUCCUCACACAGACAAGUCGAAAGGUUGGGUGAAGUUCGUAGCAGAGGAGAAGGACCUUGAGUCAGACAAAGCCCUUUGGGAUUUGUAUAAGCGCUGGUGCAAGGCUUUCAACGUGGAGCGUGACCAUGCUGAGAUGCUCCACCGGUUCCCUGCAUUCAAGGCUAGUGUGCUGUUUGUCCAUCAUACCAACAACAGGCCUAAUCUGUCCUACAAAUUGGCAAUAACCAAAAUGGCCGAUGGAAAGCUAAGGGAAAUCUGUAUUAACGGCAAGCGGCCUGAUUAUCAGCUUCGCAAGGAGCUUGACUUUAAACCUGCUCUCUUCAUAGGUGGCUAUCACAGAUGCUUGAGGCGGGUCUACAAUGAUUUUGAAGUGGUCGAUGGCAGAUUGUAUGUUGAUUUACCUGAGGGGCUUCAGCUGGGAACCCCAGAUCAUGAUGCGAUCAGCGGCAACAAGCAGAUUAGCGAUUCAUCUGUUUUUUUUAAAGCUAGCAGUGGCAAACUUUUGAAGCGGGUCUACUCUGUUUUUGAAGUGGUCAAUGGGUGCUUGUUUGUUGAUUUACCAGAUGGGAUUCAUCAGCUGGGAACCCCAAAGGAUGAAUAUGGACUCUGAAUCUGCAAUACUCCAUGCGUCACCACCAAGCCUGAAUAUCUCCUAUGUAUAAUAAGUCUUCUGCCAUGGAAUGCAUAUGCUGACUCUUUACUUCUGCAAAGAACACAUCUGUACUAAGUAUGCUUCUGUCCUGAGUCAUGAAUAUGCAAACUAAGUUCUGCUGCUGAAGGUUGUUUUUAAGUUUCCCUAAAGGUUAUAUAAUAAUUCCAGAUUCAUCCACCUGUUCUAAUUCAUUGGAGUUAUUUUUUUGAGAUAAAACUGUAUCAGUUGGAACGCAAGAUUCUCUGCAAAUAACACAGCUUCCUUAGCUAAUAAAAGUUUCUUUUGUUGCUCAACAGUAUAUCAGCCCAGGUAUAAACAAAAUCGUCCAUCUAACAUAUAAAUGGAAAGAAUAUAAGCACAGGUAUAAACAAAAUUGAUGUUGCUGUGAGAUGGAUAGCUGUACUGUUGUGUCUAUGUUUAAAUGGAACCAGAAGCUUUUGUGCAUCGUCAAAUUCAGUGAAGUGCCCACUGCUUGGCAUUCCGUAGCAUGGAGAUCCUGUUUUUAAGUUUCUUGUUGGAAGAUGGUGACAUGUAUCAUUUAGUGUAGAAUUUCAUGCCUUCAAUUUCUAUGUUCUUCUACCUUAUUACCAGGGCAUAUUAGUGCUGUUAUAACAUUGUUGGGUUUUUUACUUAUGCAUGACAUGUGCAGGUGGAUUUGUUUUUGCUACUGAAUAUGUGUUUGGAGUUAGAAUUGAUAUCAUCAGUUGAGAAUAUGAGAAGAUGAUAUGCGGAAGACAA